ACUCACUACCAGCUCAUUUUCCUGAUAUAUAGCCAAGUAACAUUAAUUAAGAUAUAACAUUAAUUAGUAGCCAACUUAGCUAAUUAGCUAAAUACAGAUAGUCUGUAUUGUACAAUGGCAAGUGUUGGAAAGUCCACGGCCACGGCUGCGAAAAAAGAGUGGAGUCCUCGCUCGCCACAAGAUAAAAAGCGAGGGAAGGCAUCAGAGGAGUUCUCGUCUGGUGCAAGUGAGGAGCAGCGUGGGUGUCCAACCCUGAAGGGGGAGGACAUCCAGGCACUGGCCAUUAAACCAGAGCACCUGGAGAAGCUGCAGGUCCCUCAGCCUCCAAAAGAUUCCCAGAAGGCCCGGCCGUCAACCCGUGUGCUUGUCCGUAAGACACGGCCCCCAGGUUGGGUCAGGAGAUGUGUGAGGGUUGCUGUAGCCAGGCCCCUCCCACAGGACACUACACCACAGCUACUGGAUUACUCAGGUCCAGGAGGUCCACGCUUUGAUGCCCAGGGCAUGGUCUUGCCGCAUAGCAUUCUGGGAAGUCUGGAGGACUUUAGGAAAGAGAUGGAGGCCAGAGGUGAGAUGGAGCUCGUUGAUCGAAUUCCUGAUCUCAAGAAACAGCGCCCCAUGCAGGCUGGAGGAUGGAAAAGCGUUGAAAGGACCAAAUCCCACCCAGGGAGUGGGCGGGAUCUGCAGAGCCACGCCCUCCAACACUGGUAUUACCACAUGGCAGAGAGACGCAGACAGCAGAACUUCAUCUCCCAUCUUCUGCACAAGCCAGUGGAGGAGCUGCUGAUGAACCAGUCCAGCAGGUUCAGAGAGAUUCAGGAACAGAGAGAACUCAUCAGCAGAGGCCUGCCAGCCCUACACACUGGACAUGGCUGCCGUGUGGGCAGUGAGUUUUGGAGUAUUCCUCAGUGGUUUGGAGAUGAGCUGAGCGGGAUAAUGGCCACUCUGCCCCAGACAGAGAGAGGGAACCCACAACCUAUCACACACAUCACACAGCCUCAUAGUACACGCAUGGAAUCAGGUAAUCUGCUUUCCGAGGACUCAGGGAGUAGAACAUGGAGUCACAGUCAGUACCUGCUGCAUCGGCAAAAUGAGCUCAGAAGCAUACUGAGAGACCUGGACUUCAACCAGCCGGAGAUGGAUGGUUUGGAGAUCGUGGGCUCCAGCAAGCCUUUCUCUUCUCUGUCAGAGCAGCGCUCACUUCUGCUGGAAGAGGAAGAGGGGGAGAGGAGUGAGGGACAACACAAAGAGAAUGAGGACCCACUGGCACUUUAUGAUGAUGUCAUGCUGAAUGUGGAGCUUCUUCCUGCUCUAAGGGUUGGUGGUGAGCUGGCCCUCUGGACAGGCAGUGCUUCCUCUCACCAGGGAGAGGUGGGGAUCUCUGUGCGGCUGGUGUUCGAGGCUGUGGUUGGGGAGAGUGUAUGUUCUCACCUGGAGCUGAAGAACGAGGGCAGCACAGCCAUCUACUACAGCUGGCAGAGACUGAACCUGCCACACAGCUUCACAAAGGCCAGGACACACACACACACACAGCACUACUACUUUAACACAGCUACAGCUGUCAUACUACCCGGCGAUACAGAGCAGGUCCUGUUCACAUUUAAAAACGCGUGUGUGGGGAUUGUGUGUGAAGUGUGGCAGCUCCACACACACCCUGUGCUGCUGGGCGGAGCCUCGAUGCUCAUCACACUGAGGGGUGUGGCUCUGUACCAGGACAAAUCUACUGAACAGAGAGCAGCCCUGGAGCUUGAGCUGGAGCAGCGAGAGGCUCUGUCAGUGUGCAGGUCGAUUGUGCGUGACCUACUGCGGGGUGUUAGUACUCCAGAGAGGCCCAGCUCACCAGCUGAACUCUACAUGACAGAGGAAGAGCAUUUUCAUAUCACCAAUCCUAAUCUGCACUACCACCAAGAGUCCGUGGAGGCGCUCAAGGGGCUAUGGGAAAAGGCCAAGAGGUUAGAGGUCACAGAGCCUGGAGAAGCAGGGACUGAAAACACAGUCUGGGAUCUCUCCCUGGGCCACUUACGACAGGUGGUGCUCUCCUUGCCACAAGAGGACCCAGACAGGGAGUGCUGUGAUGUGGAGUGCGUGGAACUGAGCAGGGACGAGGCUCUAAGACAGUACAACUCUCUGCUACUGCAGCUCCACACACCACUGCCCCCCCCCACCCCAGUCUCACAGCACUGUGUUGGGGUGCAGCUGUGGAGGGAGUUGUUGGAUGGGAUGGUGAGUGAGGCUCUGUGGCUCAGACACAAGUUGGAUCUGCCUGAAACUGACAACUGGACAGAAACACAGUCUCACCAAGACACCUGGGGAAAUCUACAGAAGGAGGAGAGGCUGGAGAGAAAAGGAGCACCUCCAAUUAAAGAGGAGAAGAAAGGAGGGAAUGACCGAGAGAAGGAGGAGAAGAAAGGGGCACCCAAACCUGGAGCCAAGGACAAAGCAGCUGAGAAGAAGGUUAAGGAGGAGAAGCGUGUGGUGAAACCGGGUAAAGAGGUAAGCGGCGAGCUGUCUACAACCACCACAAUUGCCAUGACCACCAUCACCAACAUCAGCAGCCCAGAGACAGACCCCACCCAGCCACUGCAGCAGGACCGUGUGGAGCCACAACUACAGCGCAAAUAUACACGCAUGCUGCACCAGCAGGUCUAUGUUCUGAUGGAGAGGAUGAUUGAUUCUCUGUGUGAUCUGCUUGAUGAAACUCAAAACAGCCAGGAAAUGCAGCCUAUUGAAAGAGUUCUCUGUGUGUCUCUCAACCUCCUCCCUGUAUGA